AUGGACGCGAUAAAGGGCUAUAAGGAUCUAGAAGAGUGGUGCAGGCUGCAGGAACAGAUGGCAUUCGACCGGGACCCCCGGAACUGCCAGUUUCGGGCGCCCGCAAGCUCACCAACGCCGGCAGACAACCGACGUCGCCGCCGUGGGCACCGGGGGGGCCGUCGAGUGAGAGAGCGACGCCAACGGAUGCAGCAGGCACAACUAGAUGAACAGCAGCGAGAGCAACGCCAACGGGCACAACAGGCGCGUCUGGAAGAGCAGCAGCGCGUUGAGAGGCUGCGGCGUCGGGAACAGCGACAACGCGAGCAGCGCGAGGAGCAGCAGCGGGUGGAAGUAGCCCUGCGAGUUGUGGAGGCGCGUCUGAUAUACGCCAGAUGCUUGCAGGAGCUGAAACGGCUGCAUGCAGUGGGGCCGCAGGUGGUACAGCCGCAUGUCUAUUGGCUAGUGUUCAUGGCGUGGGGCCGAGAGCCCGAUGGCACAGCGAGCGAGCAGCCGAUGGUGGUGCUGGAGAGGUCAGAUUCGAGUGCAUUCGAUGCGGUGCGCGGUUCCAGAAUCGAGCACCAAGCUAACAAUAUCAAUGCCUUGAUGGGGCCUCACGAUAUUGUGCCGCCGCUAAAUGAAUAA